UAAUAAAAAACAAUCAUCAUCAUCAUCAUCGUAGGUCUGGGGCUGUCUCUUAUUUUGAAGGCCGGAAGCAGAGUGUUGCGCUGCCGCUGAUUAACGGCUGUCCUCCCCGGUGCAGCAGCAGCAGACACUCCGCCGGUGACUCGUCACUCCGCGCUGGAAGAUGGCUGCGGUGGAGCGGACCCAGGUCAGGGAAGGGUUCCGGAUAGCUAUACUGUGCGUGUUCUGGUACACGGUCAGCUCGGGGGGCAACAUCGUCAACAAAAUAAUCCUCAAUGGAUUCCCGUACCCGGUCACGGUCUCUCUUUUCCACAUUAUUUCAAUCGUCGUCUUCCUCCCGCCGUUGCUGCGGGCAUGGGGAGUCCCCAAAACAGAGCUACCGAACAGGUACUACCGAUGGUACGUCCUGCCUUUAGCCUUCGGGAAAUACUUUGCAUCUGUGUCGGCUCACUUCAGCAUAUGGAAGGUGCCGGUUUCCUACGCGCAUACCGUCAAAGCCACAAUGCCAAUAUGGGUUGUGUUGUUAUCCAGAAUUAUCAUGAGGGAGAAGCAAACCACAAAGGUGUACAUAUCGCUCAUCCCUAUCAUUGGCGGAGUGCUGCUGGCCACAGUGACUGAGCUGUCCUUUGAUGUUUCAGGCCUAAUCAGUGCUCUGGCCGCCACGCUCUGCUUCUCUCUGCAGAACAUCUUCUCCAAAAAGGUGUUGCGUGACACACGGAUCCAUCACCUGAGGCUGCUCAACAUCCUGGGCUUCAAUGCUGUGAUCUUCAUGCUGCCCACCUGGGUUCUGGUGGACCUCUCUGUGUUUCUUGUGAAUGGAGACUUGUCAGACAUUUCAGAAUGGACCGGUACAUUUGUCCUCCUGCUCAUCAGCGGCUUCUGCAACUUCGCCCAGAACGUCAUCGCCUUCAGCGUGCUCAACCUCGUCAGCCCCCUCAGCUACGCCGUCGCCAACGCCACCAAGAGGAUCAUGGUUAUUAGUAUCUCGCUGCUGAUGCUGCGCAACCCGGUCAGCCCCACAAAUGUGCUGGGUAUGAUGACGGCGAUAGUUGGGGUCUUCCUCUACAACAAGGCCAAGUAUGACGCUAACAAGGAGAAGAAGCUGCUGCCGAGCAGCAAGCAGGACCUGAUGUCCUUUGAUAACCCGGCACUGGAGAAGCUCCAGGCCAACGGAUCAGUGCCUUUCUCCCACGGCUCAGAGCAGCAGCACAACUGGAACAACGUGCUGACUGACCACUUCCAGUACAGCCGACAGGCCUACACGUCAAACUACAGUGGCAACCACCAGUAUGUGGUCUAAAAGAGGGGUCUCCUCGCUCUGGGUAGCUGUCAUAGACAUUUCUGUGUGUAGCCGCCCUCCCAGCAGCGGAUCUUCAAAGCCCCGCUCCAAUCAUGAGACUGAAGGCAAGUGCUGUUAGUUCUGGAUAGGAAGAAUGAGACAAGUCCGUCAUGAAAGGGCCAGUGACAUGACCUCUCCCAUGCUCCUCCAUGUCUGUAUUUCACUUACUGACAGCUUCGCUCAGUGUCAUUAUUUAUUACUUUGGUACUGACUGUAUGGGAUGGCCUGACAGAAAACAAAAUCAUAUCAGUCAUUUUCAGAUGUUGCAACAGAGUGAAACUCACUUUCUGGAAAUGUUUGACUUUUGUUUUUGCAACCAGCCAUAAACUGUUUGGUUUAUAUUGUUCAUUUUCAGAGGAAAGGAUGUCAGCUGUAAUUAUUUACUGUAAACUCUAACUUGCACCGAAAGUCUGUCGUGUUACAUUUAGUAACAGACAAAGUUUAGUGGAAGGCCUGAACAUUUUGGUUUUAGGCAGUUCAUGUGUAGAAUUGCCAUUUUUCUUCAUCAGGCACCUGUCGGGAUGUGAGGAGAAAUAAAAUGUGUAAAGUCACCAGUAACUUUAUGAAGUGCCGGGUGAAGAAAAAUCCCCAAAUUUAAAAAAUCCAUUCAUUGUGAAACUGAUGCUUGUAAACCUGUUGCACAUGCAGAUCAGUCGAACUUGUUACCAGUAAGUGUUUUUAACUGCCACCGUUGAAAACCUGAUUUUCCGAAGAGACCUUUUUUAAAACGUCAGUUAAAACUAAAAGCGAGACGAGUUCUGUUAUCCAGAACGGUCAAUGACCUACUGACACAUCUGCCCUUUUCCCCACAAGGUAACAAACAUGUCAACCAUUUGUUAUCGUGAGGUUUAAAUGUAAAAAGUUAGUUUAAAAUUAGAUGCACCAAAACAAAGCAUCCUUGUAAAAUGCACGACAACAGCUUGCAAACGAUACGGAUGCUCUUUGUUGAAUCUUCUCUUAGAGAGUCUAACUAUGUAAAAUGUGAUAGAGAUGUUAAAAUUUAUUAUUUUGUUGUCAUAGUUUGGAUUUGAAGAAUCAAUUUGAAACAAUGCAUCCAUUUUUAAAAUUGAUUAUUGGUAUUUAUUGAUCUGCGAAGCUUCUCAGGCAGAGUGAGAUAUUCUCUCAGCUGUCAGGCGAUUUGUGAGCCUGAACCAGAGCUGCUCUCAUGUUGAUGGGUUGUUUUGUUUUUUUUUCCCAAAACAGAGGCCCUCAUAAGAUUUGCACAUCAUGAAACAACUACAUGUGUGAGACUGUUGACUGUCUGUCAGGUGACUGUUUUUGUAACGUUGGUGUUGAACGAUCACCGAACAGACUUGAAUCAAAAUGAGACCUGCAUGAAAUCAGAGUUUUGAUUCGUGCAAUUAAAGAUUGAACUGUAAUUUCAGAUGGACAAGGCUUGAUUAUCAUUAUUGAUUGUUGUGUCAGCAAAAUUGGUAAUUGAUAAUAAUUUAUUGAUUUAAAAGCCUUUUUUUAACUGCUUAAAGAGCUUUUUAAUGAAUGAAACAUCUUAUUUUUUCCUUGCAGAGAGUUUCUGCUACAGCAUCUUUAUUGCACACUGAGCAUCUAACUGCAGCAAUAUAGAAUACGGUUCAAGUUUCUUUUUUUUGUAUCUGAAAUCAGUGUAUUUCCACUCUGCUCAUUUUGUUUUCUUCUUUAUUUGUGUCUGAAAACUUCUUUCUUUUUUUAGCCUGAGAGUUUGUUUUUUCAUUUGUCCCUGAGGUAUGUGCCGAGAUAUUUCGGUUGUAUUCUAAAGAAUAUGGAUUUAUUUUAAAGUCUUCUAUUUUUUGCCUUUUCUGACAAAUUUAGAAAACUGUCACACUCUUUAGUCUGGAGGAAAAAUCCCAAAAGGAUAGGUGCAUUCUGGGCUUCCCAGAGUUAAACUAGUAUCAAUUAUCUGAUCGCUCCACUUUGAGUUUGUGGAGCUGAGAUUGUCUGUAGCUGACAUAGAUUGUAGGACCCUGGGAACCAGCAGGGAGGAAAUUCACCACCACAUUGGUAACUAACCAAACAUGACGUUGUGUUAACAAAAAGAUGAUUGGUUUACACUGAGUGGCCAGAAAAAUAUAAACAUAUGUUAGAGCCCUCUAACAACCGCCACCUUAUUUCCAUUUUUCUGUUCAGACGGCUCUUGAAGUUUGUUCACACAGCUCUGUUGUAUAGUUUGAGGCUGUGCUUUGUGGUGGUGAUGAUGGACCGGAUUAAGUUGAAAGGUGUUUCUGAAGUUUUGGCUUUUUUAUUAACUUAUAUGGAAGAGCAUAAAUAUCUGUAACACCUUAAAAUAUGAUAACAGUUCAAUCCGAUACAACCUUGCAAACUACAGCCUCAAAAAUGCAAGAGUUGAAUCCAAAUCUCUCAGAAAAAAUGUUAGAAAUGAUUAAAAAUUAUACGCAUCAGUAAAUAAGAAUAAGUUUUUUAACUGUCAUGAAAUUCGAAGCUGUGUUAAUGUCUUUGGCAUUAAUAUGGAGUGAAAUAACUCUGUGACGGUUGCUCAAAGUGUUGAAAUCACUGAAGAAUUAUCACCCAACACUGUUUUUGUUUUUAUUUUACUGUAUAUUUCAGUUUCACUGCUCAUCAACUCCUACCAGCAGCAGUUUCCAACAAAAAAAAGCUCUGAUAAACUCACAGAUACCAGCCAACACUAAACGGCAGACAAAUUUCCUGAGCGGGUGAUAAACAGAGUGGAGCAUCUAGCAGAUGGUUGGUGAAGAACAGAACAGCCAAAAGACAAGUGAAAAUCAUUUGACACUUGGCCAGAAACAUGGAUAUUGUUCACUGUUACUCUGUAUUAUUCCUCUAGUUCCUACUACUGUUAAAUGAAGAUGCAGAUCUCUAAAAAACACUUCCUUAUGUGUCCUGAUUUAUAUUAAACAUCUAAAAACAUCAUUAAACUUCUACAGCAGGUCGUGUUGUUAAAAUCUUUUAAAAUGUUGUCGCACUGUUGCCUUCAUAUCAAUCAGCAUCAUAAAUGCUUUUACAAACAGUUAACUUCUAAUUAAAACUGAAUCAACAUAUCUUAAUAUAAAAUAACCUGUUGUGACUAAAUGGCACUUCAUCUGCAUAUCAAGUCAGUGCAAUAAAUCAUGAAAUGUGACAUAUCGUGCACCUCCAGAUGUAACAUACCUCUAACUUUUCUUUUCAAGUGUUUAUCAGGCUGUGAGUUUAUUUGAAAAUUAAAACAUCUUAACAGCUGAAUGACAGAUAACAGCCAGAUCAGAACUAACAAAGAUGACUAUUCUCCACAUAUUUCAUGUCAAGAGGAUGCAAUCUGCAUUUCAGAGUUUGUACUCAUUUCACUGAAAUCUAAUAUUUCCAUGGAUGGAUGUUUGGAUUCUGCAGGUGAAGCUGGUGGAUAAAAAAUUAUCUUCCUUCCCUGUUGGUUUGGAUUGUCAGAGUGCAUUGACUCAUAUUUCUUCAUAUCUGUUUUGUUCUUUCCUCUUGUUGCCAAAAGCAAAGCGUGUAACCUUUUUGUUGCUGAUGCACCACAGGAUGGAGGCUUUGAUGUGGCAGUCGAUGAAUUUCAUUCAGAUUUUCUGUUUCAGUGUCCUGCUGGCUGCUUGUUUUUGAGCUAACUGGGAGAACUGAAUUUAGAAAGCUCUGGAUUUGGACAUCGGCUCUCUGCUGUAAAGCUUUCAAAUGGGAUGUAAAUGUUUAAUGACUGGAGAAAGGGGAGGUUACUUUGUAAAACUUGUACAAUUAUUAUUUUUGUGUGUCUUUAAUGGAUCUUGAACAGAAUUUUUACUUAACCGAUGUUUAUAGAUUUUUAUUUAUGGUGUCAAUGUACAAAAUGUUGUACAGAGGUGCAGCUAUGCACAGUCGUGUCUGCUUAUGUUUAGUAAAUGCUAUUUUUAAAUGUUGGGGAAAAAAUAAAUGCAUUAUGGGGUACUGAA